GCAUUACACCACCACGCCCCCGUCUCUCUCUCUCUCUCUCUCUCUCCAUGGAUUCCUUUCUGCAGGCAAUUUACCUUCUGCCCCUCUUCUGCGUUCUCUUCCUCCUCAACAAGCUACUACUCCAAAGAAGACACCACAACUGCUACGUACUGGACUACGUCUGCUACAAAGCCACCGACGACCGGAAACUCGACGCCGACGGCAGCGCCGACCUCGUCCUCCGAAACAAGAACCUCGGCCUCCAAGAAUACCGCUUCUCUUUAAAAACCAUGGCCCGUUCCGGCCUCGGCGAAGAAACCUACGGCCCAGCCAUCGUCUUCGCCGGCCGAGAAGAGUUCCCCACUCUCGCCGACAUCUACUCCGAGCUCGAUGAAACCUUCUUCUACUUGCUUGACCGCCUCUUCUCCAAAUCCCACCUUUCCCCACAACAAAUCGACAUUCUUGUCGUUAAUGUCUCCUUGUUCGCCUCCAUGCCUUCCCUCGCCUCUCGCAUCAUCAACCGCUACAGAAUGAGAGACGACAUCAAGGCCUUCAACCUCUCCGGCAUGGGCUGCAGCGCCAGCCUCAACUCCAUCGGCAUCGUCCAAAACCUGUUCAAGCUUCGUAAGAGAGCGUACGCCGUUGUGGUGAGCACGGAGUCCUUAGCUUCCCACUGGUACUGCGGCAAAGAAGCAUCCAUGAUGCUCUCCAAUAUACUUUUCCGGUCCGGCGGGUGUGCCCUCCUACUGACGAAUAAUCCGUCGCUGAAGCACCGCGCAGCUUUGCGGCUAAAGCGUUUGGUGCUUACCCAUCAGGGCUCCAGCGACGAAGCCUAUGACUGCUGCAUGGAGAUGGAAGACGAGCUCGGCUACCAUGGGUUUCAACUCACUAAGAGCCUCCCCAAGGUUGCAGCUCAGGCUUUGGCUGAGAACUUGAGGAUUUUGCUACCAAAGGUGCUGCGACUGAGAGAGUUGCUUCGUUAUGCGCUGGCUUCUUAUUGUCUGCGUGGCCGGUUCGGCCUGUCCGGGUCGAAAGGGGAAGGACUGGGUUUGAACCUCAAGGCUGGGAUAGACCACUUCUGCCUGCACCCCGGGGGGAGAGCGGUCAUCGAUGGGAUCGGGAAGAGUUUGGGGCUGAGCGAACACGAUCUGGAACCGUCACGGAUGGCGCUUCAUCGAUUCGGGAACACGGCGCCGAGCGGGCUGUGGUAUAUUUUGAGUUACAUGGAGGCUAAGAAGAGGUUGAAGAAGGGUGACAGAGUGUUCAUGGCGGGGCUUGGGGCAGGGUUCAUGUGCAACACGUGUGUGUGGGAAGUGGUAAGGGACAUGGAGGAUGUGAACGUGUGGAAAGACUGCAUAGGGAGUUACCCUCACAGAGGGAGUGGGAAUCCCUUUAUGGAGAAGCAUGGGUGGAUCAAUGACCCAAGUCUGCUCUCCAUUGAACACUAAGCAGGGAAGUGUUCAAUUAUUUUGGGAGCACCACAAAUCAGUUGAAGUUUUCAGGUGCAUUUUAAUGUUAUUGGUCCUUUAAGAGUGUCAUUUGGCAAUGAAACAGUGAAACCCGUUAGAAAUUGGGUUUUCAAUUAUCUCAAUUUAUGCAUGCAUGUUAGCUUCUGUGUAAUUUGAACUUCUACUUUGUGAGUUUCAAGUUUGUAAUCUAGAAGGAGUGGAAAGGGAUUAUUAGGGUUAUGGAGGGGAUAGAUUAUCUUUUAUUAUAAAAUAUUGGCUCAUGUCAAUGCUAAUGAUAAAUUAUAUAAGAGAUGUAUCCUUUUAUGUUGUUUAUAUGCUUGACAAAUAUGUUUCUCUUUAUAUA